AUGGCUUCUACGUCAGACAUUCAAAUUAUAAUCACAGCCGCGCUCCAGCAGCAAGCUCAACAGUUAGAAACCCAACUCGCAUCUCGGGAUGAAGCCAUCUCCAAACUUAUGGAGAAGGUGGAGCUCAAAGAAGCAGAAACUUCCAGCAAACCGUCUCCAAAAAUCAACAAAGGGAAGAAGAAAGCCCAACCAGACCAGCCUCCAGUUGCUAAUCCCAUAGCCAGUACUAGCGCCAGGAAGAGUCCAAAAUCUCGCACACCAACUAAGUCAAAUCAGCCCGCCUCUCACAGAACUCCCUCUGGCAGCCAACCAAAGCGUGUCGUCACUCCCAAAAGCAGUUCGCCAAGAGUUUGCCCUUUUCAAAUGGUCUCGCGGGCCAUGCCUGAGUCUUUCACAUCCACCAGAGAUGCUUUAUACGUCCACUUGAAGCUCAUCUGGAACUUGCUUGAGCAAAAGGCGAUCCCAGGCCCUCCUCACCCAGACACUUUGAGGGAAUUCAACUCCCACUUUUCCAACGCCAAGCAGAUUGAGAAGGCCGCCGAGGAUGAGAAUGGCGCUUCCAUUAUCCCCACCACCAAUGUGUCUACACUCAAGAAGCUCCAGGCCGGGUGA